AUGAAUCCUUCUGAUGCAAAUGCUCCCGUAUCAUUCACCCUCAAAGGAAAAGUAGCUGUUGUAACGGGUGGUGCGCGAGGCCUGGGUUAUGAAAUGAUGCUUGGACUGGCAGAGAAUGGUGCUUCUGUAGCCUGCAUUGAUAUCUUAAAAGAAACAGGCACAAAGGCAAUUGAAUGUAUUCAACAAAAAUGCUCAGUUCAGGCAUCUAGCUGGGCCUGCAAUGUUACUGACGACAAAGCAGUGUCAAACGUAUUUGAUCAAAUUUUUCAAAAACAUGGCAGAAUUGAUAUAUUAGUUACUGCAGCUGGUAUUAAUAAGAUGUGUCCUGCAAUUGAAUACACUGCUGUCGACUUUCGAACAAUAUUUGAUGUGAAUGUGAAUGGAACCUUUUUUUGUGUUCAACAAGCAGCAAAGAGAAUGAUGGAAAAAGGAACAGGAGGAUCAAUUAUUACUAUUGCUUCCAUGUCAGCCCAUAUCACCAAUCGUCCUCAGUGCCAUGCCCCUUACAAUGCCACCAAGGCGGCUGUUCUUCAACUCACUAAAUCAUUAGCUUGUGAAUGGGCACCUCAUAAUAUUCGGGUUACAGCUAUUUCACCUGGUUAUUUUGACACAGAAAUGAAUCAAGCUAUAUUGGACCAACAAGGAGAAGGAGGAAAGGCUUUGCGGAAAGAGUGGGAAAGUCUGGUUCCAAAAGGACGUAUGGGUAUGCCUCAUGAGCUCAAAGGUGUUGUUGUAUUUUUGGCUUCGGAAGCUGCUUCUUACGUUACUGGUACAGAAGUAAUUGUUGACGGCGGAUACACCGCAUGGUGAAAGCAAAUACGUAUCCAUUAAAUUAUGAUGUUUUGUAUUUAUAUAUAUAUAUAUUCUUAUUACUAUUAUUAUACGAAAUACACCCCUUUAAAAUACGCCCUUGUUGGUAACAAAUAAACAAACUUUAAGUAGUGUUACAUG